AUGGCCCUCCUGCUGCGCCGCUCCCGCUGGCUGCUCCUGGCCAUCGUCUUUAUCGUCACCACUUUUUCGCUUUUUAGCCACGUACAAUCUCCAUUUCAAAAACCCGUUCAAGAGUCGUACAGAGAAACCACGGAACAGCCAACCCAUGCGACCCCCCCACUGCCUGAAGACGAAGUUUGGGAAUUCGAUUCGAAACGCGACAGUCUCAAUUAUGGCCUUUCCGACGGCCAAUGCCAGAGCGCAUUCCCCAAUUUAUUCCAAGAACUCGACCGUGCUCGCGAUUUUCUCCUAGAUCAAAAUAAACGCAUUAAAGAAUCAGACGUACGAGUAGAUACGAAGGAUGACUAUACCGGCCUCCAGCAUGGCGAAUUCCACGUUAUGAUUUCAAAUGGAGAAUUAUAUGUGAUCGAAGAGAAGAAGGGUGAGCCGGACCGUUCCCGUGGUCUCGCCGCCCUCGCCAACAUGUAUCGCGCAAUAACCGCCAUCCCAGACCCUCGAUCGCUUCCGAACGUCGAAUUCAUCAUCGAUAUCGAGGACCGCGCAGUCAGAGGCGAGAAGAACCCAAAGCGUAUUAGAUGGGCUUGGGCUCGCCAAGAAAACAAUCCUUGGUUGUGGGUUAUGCCCGAUUUCGACGGAUGGAGCUAUCCCGACGACGGCGUCGGAUCAUAUGCGCAGUUCCGCGAGGACGUGGAAGAGCUAGAGACGGAGUAUCCUCACGGAUGGGAUGAUAAAGAGGAUAGGCUAUGCUGGAGAGGGAGUCUGGCCGUGAACCGUAAGCUGCGAACGGCGCUUGUAGAUGCCUCGAAAGGACACGAUUGGAACGAUGUCGAGGCCAUAGAUUGGCAUAACCGCUCCAACAUUCUGGAUAUGCGAGACUUCUGCCGUUUUAAAUACGUCGCCCACACCGAGGGUAAUUCCUGGAGUGGACGGCUACGAUAUUUGCACAACUGUAACAGCGUUCCCAUCAUUCAUAAGCUGGACUACGUAUUUCAUUAUCAACCUCUUCUAAAGGAUAGCGGUCCUCACCAGAAUUACGUCAAGGUAAGACGUGAUUGGUCCGACUUGAAGGCUCAGAUGGACGGCCUCAUCGCAGACCCCGAUCGGGCACGGCAAAUCGCUCAAGAGUCUACUAGAGUGUUCCGAGACCGCAAUCUCACGCCGGCUGCGGAAGCAUGUUACUGGCGCCGAAUGAUCCAUAACUGGCGCACCGUGAUGGACUUCGAACCUCGACGUUACGAAACCAAGGCGGAUGGUACUAAGGGUAGGAGAGGUGUAAGUUGGGAACGUUUCGCAUUUCGGCAAAAGAAGAGCUUCGAACACGGAUUUUGGGAACCUGACAGCAGCGAAGACGGGAUCGAGUAA